AACAAGAUGGUUCCCUUUCAUACUUUACAGAGUGGUGCAAGGUGUAUUGAAUUUUCAAAAGUCGUGAAUGUUUUACGGAAAUAAAGUUUAUUUUCUUAAUUAGGUAUUUAGCGCUGAAAAUAUUUAUUGUGCAUAUAUUGUGAAAUAUUAAACGUUUGUUUAAUGAUGCGGCGACGAAGCGAAAGAAAGAAAUCUACUGAUGUUUCGUCUCCUGCCCCGGCGUCGCGUCGUACGAUUCGUCGGUCUCGCAAAACAUCUGAAACUGCAAGUGAAAAGAGCGCACAUCCCGAAAUGUCACCAACGGGGGAUGAAGCAGAAAAGGAUACUCCCUCUGCGGAUUGCCCCGUUGAACCCACAAAUGAGGAAUCGUCAGCUGAACCCGGUAGAAAUCGUUCACGUAAUCGUACACCGGUAAAGGAUCGAAGCAGUCCCGCCAAACGCAAAGCUCAGAACACUAUCGCUGACCUAAAAAUCGAAGCUAUCCCGGAAGAAAACAGCUCGAUAAAAGAAGAUAGCCCAAAUGAAAGCAAACCAGGUGCAGAUGUGACUGCAAGCAAUGAACAAGCUCCAAAAUCGGAUAUAGAUGCACAAGCUGCUUCGUGCUCGUCAAGUCCGAAAACUAAUGUUGAUAUUAUGAAGCCAUUAGAUGUAUUGGAAAUACAAGCAGAGGAACAAGAUGAAGAAAAGUUACAAUCACAAGAUGCAUCAACUAAAAAUGAAAAUAUGGUUGAAAACGUUGAUAGUUCAAAUAAAAAUGAAGAAGAAAAGUCGAAUAACGAUGAAAUAAUAAACAAAGGAUUUGAAGCGGGUAGCUCUGACGCUACAGAUGAUUUGAAAAAUAAUAAGACAGAUUCUCAGUCACCUAAAUGUGAAGUCACCAAUUCCGACGAAAAAACAGAUGCGGCAAAGGCGAAUAAGCGAACCUGGAUUACAAAGAGAACAGUUCAAAAUCGGAGUCCACUGCUUGUGAUUACCACUGAAACAUUAAAACGUCCUGAAGGCGUACAUCCUGCUCCAAAACUGAACUUAGGGUCCCCUGAAAUACAAGAAGUAAACUCUGAACGCGAAGAAGGCGAACAGACACCUUCUCCAGAAAGAGAAACACACAAAAUAAAUACUAUAAAUAGUACUGAAAAACUUAACCGCAAUCCAAUAGAGCUAUCUUCCGCACCAAAAACUAUUAACAAAAUAAAUAUAAAAGUUGAAAAACAGAGCCCGACAAGUAAAAAGCCUAGUAAUGUACUAUUCAUUACAAAUCUUGUCCGACCAUUUACCGUGCUCCAGUUAAAAGGCUUGUUAGCUCGCACGGGAAAAAUGGUGGAAGAGGGAUUUUGGAUUGAUCGCAUAAAAUCAAAAUGUUACGUACAAUAUGAAACUGAAGAUGAAGCCGUUGAAACCCGUCACGCAUUACAUGGAGUACGAUGGCCAGUCUCUAACCCAAAAUGCUUAAUUGUAGAAUUUGCAAGGAAGAGUGACUUGGAUCGUGCUAUUCAAUCUACUAAAGAAGAACAAUCCAAUUUUGGUCAAGAAAGUCAUAGAGAUAAUGUUCUUAUCGGGAUGGGUUGGAAUAGGGAUCGAAAUGGCAUAGAUGAAAAGAGGACAAAAAAGAAUUUUGGGUUAUUGGCUCAAUGUAAUAUAUUUCAGACAAUAAGACCGGUUCGAGAAUGGGAUGUUGGUAAGAAGGAAAGUUUAGAUCGAGAUAAAAAUAGGGAAAUCCUAAGGCGGCGUAGCAGAGAGAGGGAAAUUUUCUUCGGCAAUCGGGAAACUGAUCGGAAUGGAAAGGAUAGGAGACCACGUUCAAAGGGAAGAGGAGAAGCGAGAAGUAGUAGCCGAUCACCUGUACGGAAGGUAAAGAAAAAGGAAAAUGACCCACCGUUACGACUUCUUGAUGAUUUGUUUCGCAAAACUAAGAGUACACCAUGUAUUUACUGGCUACCUUUAACACCCGAACAAAUUGCUGAAAAAGAAGCAUUCCGACAGAAACGACUUGAAGAACAUAAACUGCGCGUUAAACAGAGGGAGUUGGAGAAAGGGAAGGAAAGGGAAAAAGAAAGGAAUCGGACCAACGAACGAAGGGAUAGAGAAAGGGAAAGGGAUCAAAGACGUAAUCGAUCCAGUGAUCGCCGUUCUCGUAGUCGUGAUCGACGCCGUUACUAAACAAUUAUUGGUAUUGUAUAACCAAAUUUUCACUAGGACUUCGUUGCAUUUGAAAUUUAUUACGUUUCAACACAUGCAAAAGGUGGAUGCAUGUUGAACGGAAGCUGAAAUAAAUUUCAUUUAGCAUCGUUCUCAAACUCGAAAAAAUGGCAAGUAUUUCUAGCUAACCUAAUGAUAUCGUUUCGGGUUGUCCUUAGCUUUUGGCGAAGAUGCAUAUGUUUUUUUUUUCUAUUUACUUAAAAUAAUUCAAAGAAUUUAAAAUCAAAAAAUCAUCGCCAAAGUAAUAUCUAAAAACUCAUAUUUUUUUUAUAAACAAAAUAGUCUAUUUUUCCAAAUCAUCUCACUUGAAACAAUUCGUGAUUCAGUUAUUUUCAAGAAGUUCAAAUAAGUAAUCAUAUUUUGUUUCCAUUGUGCUAUGAAAAACGUUCUUUAUCACUUCUUAUACCCGCAAAAGUUUAGAUUGAGUAUGCAAUUUAGUUGCAAAUGCUACUAAAAUUUUCAUAGGAAACGAUCCGACUUCGAACAGUCAAACCGUUAAGAUCCGUCAUAAAACUUUCUGGAAAAAUCUUCCAAAUGGAGAGGCCCAGCAAACCAGUUCAAAUCUACAUGUGUUUUCGACGACGCCGGGACACAAAUUCAACAGUAGAGUGGAAGUUCACCACAUAAAAUUAAAUAUCAAUAUAUACUGAUAACAUUUAAAUAAAAGCAAAACGUUCUCUCAUCAAA